UUCUGAAUUCAAUACCGCCGGCGGAAGGAUGAAAAAGAUCAAGGGAUGAUCUGAAAUGAGGGUGGUGGUCCGGAUGUCCCCCGGUCUGGCGGGGCCCGGGACCACCCUGGACUCUUGGCUCACGCUCACCCCAGCCUGGCGGGGGAGCAGUGGGGGGAGUCAGAGGCAGGGGCCUCUUCAAUCGAAUUUUUUGGACAAGUUCCCUUUACUUUAUUUGACUACUAAGGUCUUGCAUUGCGGUAAAAAAGAAGGAGAACUCAGGGAGUCUUUAUAUAUAUAUAUACAUAUAUAUUUGUGAAUGUGAUGUUCAUCAUGGUAGUGUUUUUGUACAUCUUGGCAGAAGACGUCGACAUCAGGUAGGUCGGUCUUACGUGUUUGGACCGCAGUUCGAUCUGCGCAACCAUUGCCAUAUAUAUUCCAAAGAUCUUGAACUGAUUUGGCAUCGUUAAGCUCCCUAUGUGAGCCUAUUUUGAAGGCAUAUACUGUAGUACAGUUGGAUCCCAAAUAAUUUCAAUCUUUGGAUCCCAGGCUUGGAUUGUAAAACCUCUUCUACCCCUCGCGCUCCGGAAGGAUCCCCCUUCGUUCAAGUGCAGUGCCGAAAGCGUUCCACAUGUGCCGUGUCAAGCGUUGCAGCUGUGCCAGCUGUACAGAACAGCGAGCGAAGUCAAGAGUUGAAGGUCAAGCCUCGAAAUUACUGGGAGGUUUUUUGAAUCAAGAGCCGACUUCAAUGGUGAGUCUCACGAGUCUCACGCAGACGUCACUUUUGUUCCGGCGCGGAACGCUCCCGACAUGACGCACCCAUUUUCUUCCAAGACUGGGAAUAAGGCGCAAUACCACCUCAGAUUCUGAUCAAAACCGGCUUCAUCGUCGAGGCUCUAGGUUCUAGGACCUUUACAUGUUAGAGCAUGAUCUAUGGUGUUGUUUCGCUUGUGACGUGCCAGGACCCAUUGCACUUAAGUGCCAAUGCGCUACUUUGGUGGCCAUACAAGUUGGUCACCGGCACGCAACCUUACAGCUUCUGGCAAGGCACCAUAUAUCCCAAUUGCAGCGUCACAGUCAAGGAUCUGAAGGAUGGACCCUUCUUUUCUGAUAUGCACGUCUUUGGCAUCCCAGUGCCCCUCAGUGACAACACCACGCAGCAGGAUGCAUACACCUUUGCGGAGGAUUGUGGGGAUGGCGGCUGUCUCUUCAAUGUGGAAGUGGACCCCACCGAGCACAAUGACCUUUCACAAGAUCCAGCCUACGCAAACCAAUUGUUCAAAAUGCAAAUGAAGCUCUAUUGGAAGAACAUGCAGAAUUUCAAUCCAAAUCGAGGCGAGCCAGCACUACAAGCUUGUGAUCAGGGUGCCGAUUUGGGUGGUUUCUACGGUCCCUUCGUGGACGCCGAAGAUUUCUACGAGGGCUUCGAAUUGAACGCGAGACAAAAAGCGGUCGCGGAGGCGAUGAAGGAGCAGUUCCGGCGACUCAACCACAGCCUGGACAACCAUCUGGAGGCUGUGAUUGAGAGGAUCACGGAGCAAGCUGGCCUGGUUGAGCUGGUUGAAUUGUUUAAGCAGUCUCCCAACAUGACUUUGGACCAGUGCACAAACGAGGACUAGUGCUGAGCGACGCCAGAUGUGUAUGCAAAGAACUGUAAAGAACAUUAAAGAACCCUGUCCGUGCGAGUUUAUCUUCGCAUAUCCGAAGUGAGGGGUUCUUUUAAAUACAGUUGUAGCUUGACUGAGUUUUAGGUCAACAAUUUUGAGUUGGCGUUGAUGCGUAGUUCACGUGGGCAGCACCAGGCCCCAAGGCCUGCCGGCUCGUGCUCGUUUGGGCAACCGGUGUUUCUUUUGAGCAGGGUGACAGGUUUGUGGCUCGGUAAUCGGGCCCCUUGGCACUUUGCUAAACUUUAUUUUGGCCCUGACAAAAGAUCAAGGCCAGUGAUUUUGUCAAGUGACCUGGUCUUCCCGUGCCUUGACAAA